CACCACCCAUUUUACUUUAUUUUUUCUCCUCCUUCCCAGACGGAUAAUCCAGUCAGUUAUCAUGGCAUCUGUUCCUCUCCUCUCUCCCUCUACCACCGCCGCCGCUUCCUGCAGAACCUCCUCCUCCCUUACCCACCAGUUGCUUCAUCUUUCCUCCAAGGUCCCAUUCCAUACCUUCCCCGCAAGAAAUCACCGACUAAUCACCAAGCUUAACGUGUCCUCCCCCACCAACAAACCUGCCACCUCCACCACUUCGAAAAAACCCAUUGAAGAAAUCAUCUUUUUCGACGGCGGAGCCCACUACGGUGACCUCCUGGCCAACCUGCUACUGGGCUUCACUCUUCUCUGGCUGCCAUUGACUCUAGCUGCAGUUUCAAGGGCAUUUUAUCUUAGAUACAGGUUCACCAACCUGAGGGUGACAGUUAUCUCAGGGCUAACGGGUCAAGAUAGGAGUGAUUUCUCCUACAAGGUGAUAAAAGAUGUUCAGGUUGUGCCACGUUUCAUAGGUGAAUGGGGUGAUGUAGUUAUUACUUUGAAAGAUGGUACUAAAGUGGAUCUCAGGAGUGUUCCUAAAUUCAGAGAAAUUGCCAAGUAUUGUCUCUCUAUGGCCGAGAAGCCUCUGGUUAUGAAGGAGGAUAGUACAGGACCCAGAGGGUUUUAACUCUUAAGUAUGAGGGAAGGGUUUUGCUUUUCAUCUCUUUCUUUUGAAAGUAUGUAAAUUUUUUUUUUCCAGUUCUAAACGAGUAAAAACGCUCGGAUUACAAUUUUCAUAUUUACUCACUGCGAAGGUGUAUCGGUAUUGCUAUAUUGUGGAAUUAGAAGCUAAACCAAGUUCAUUUUUUCA